AUGUCUAAUAGUCAACAGGUCACCGAUACUAUCCUCAUGGUCGGCAUGUCCAUUAUUUCACAAACGAGCAGUAACCUCAUCGAUCCCAGCGAAAAUGUCGUCCUCGACGCAGCAGAGAUUGCGACACGAGAAUAUGGUUCCAAAUGGGUCUUGGUGGUUGAGCAGAUGCAGAUUCUGACCAUUUGGUUGAUGAAGUACUGCUUGUUGCUCAUGUACAACCGUCUAACAAUGAGUUUGAGUCAAAACUUGGCUGUUAAGUUUGUCGGCGCAUAUGUCACCGCCGGCUUCGUCGUUAUGGAGAUUCUGUACCUGGGAGUCUGGUGUCGCCCAUUCACCCAAUAUUGGGCUGUCCCCCCAGAGAACACUCAAUGUUCUGCUGCUACCAACCAUCUCAUCACCAACGCCGUCAUCAACAUCACCUCCGACGUAAUGAUCAUCCUAAUUCCCAUGCCCAUCUUCCUCAAAUCCCAGCUCCCCCUAAAACGCAAAGCCGUUCUCAUUGGCGUCUUCGCCCUCGGCGCCUUCACCAUUCUCUCCGCCAUCCUCAACAAAUUCUACUCUUUCAACGAACCUUUCGGCUCAAACUGGACAUUCUGGUACAUCCGCGAAUCCUCAACCGCCAUCAUCACCGCCAACCUUCCCUACAUUUGGACUUUACUCCGACGCAUUUUCAAGCUCGGCUCUUUCAGCGGCUCAACCUAUGGAAAGAGCACCAACAACCCUUCCAAAGCUUACCGCACUAAUUUCACAAAUCAUCGCUCCGUCGUGCGCUCGCAGAUUCGCGCCGAUCAUGCGCUGCAUCAGGUCGACAGCGAAGAGGAGAUUAACAACACUUAUGCUUUACCGCUCAAGAUCUACGCCAAGCGCGAAAUUCAGAUCACCAGCGAAGAUGCCGGACCUGAAGAUCGAAGGGGUCCUAUAGGAUGUAUUCCUGACGAAUUGAUGAGCAAUAGCAAGGAUAGCGUGCGGACAGAAGAUAUGGAGACAGCUUCGGAAAGAUCUGCAGCUGGAGUUGUCAAAAAGCUUUUACAACUGGAUCCACGAUGUUCGGGGAUCAAAGAUACCAUAGUGCAACGAGCACAGGGUGUAUUCCUCUGGGUUUACCUCGUGGUCAACUCCCUCAAGAGAGGGCUACUGAAGGACGAUAAUUACUCAGAUCUGCAGAACAGACUCAACGAACUUCCGGAUGAUUUGCAGAAGUACUUUGAGCACAUGCUAGAGUCCAUCGAGGCUAUCUAUUGGGACAGUACCACGAGAAUAUUUCGGACUGUCAUCGCCGCAGAACAAACUUUACCCCUACUUGCUUUCGAGUUUCUUGACCGCGAGAUGGACGAUCCUGACUACGCUUUGACGAUGAAAGCCGCGCCAUUAUCAAAGGUUGAAGUCGAGGCUAUAGGCAAGCGAUCAAGCACGAGGCUACACGCCCGCUGCGGCGAUUUACUCUAUGCCACGGUAAACCCAACAGAGACUAGGCUGUUCAAGAGUCAAGUCGACUUCCUCCAUCGAACGGUGAGAGAUUUCUUCCUCGACACAGGUGUCAUUGACACCAUGAUCCGCAAGCGACCUACUGAAGAAUUUGAUCCUCACCCGUCUCUCUGCAGAAUCAUGCUCAGUUUGACCAAGUCAUUAGACCUUAACAAACCUAGUUAUAACCACCCGUUCGUCCUAUCCGAUGGUCUGAUGCACUAUCGCGCAACACCGAGCAGGCUCUUACAAGACAAGAAGAGGAGGAAGAUAGAAGGAGCCUUGAACAUGUUUUCGACAUUUUGGAUGAACUGA